GAAGCGUUUUGGGUGACACCUCCCCAAAUCCUCCCACUGUCUGCAAGCGGGGUGGCGCAAAUGGAGUGCGGGGCACCCGCGGAUGAGCCGGGCGGGCGCCUUUGCCCGAGGCGGCUGAGCGUGGCAGAGGAGAGAGCGCGCGCGCGCAGCAGAGCUUCCUCUCCGCCUCUGCGUCUAGCAGUCCCAGAUAGCAGCAGAAGCAGAUGAGACCCGCAGAGCUGCGAGCGCGCCCUGCCACCCUGAGCACGGCGUAACACUUCACGGCCCCACGCGCGCGCCCAGACACAGACACACACACGCACGCACGCCCUCGAACGCGACAGCAGCCAGGAGAGCGUGAGCAACAGCCCGUCUGCUGUGGGCGCCGCAGCCCCUCCGCUCCUUCACCUGCCCUCCGCCGCGCCCCCAGAUCGCUCGGCGUCGCCUGAGUUCCGCCUGCCUCCUGCGCCUCUUUUCGGUGGCGACUAAGAGGAGACACCAUGGGGAAGGAGCCGCCGGGUAGAAAGGAAGGAUGCGACUGCAAGCGAUUCCUGAAGAACAACUGGCUGCUUCUCAGCACCAUCCUAGCCGUGGUUCUGGGCAUAGGACUAGGACUUGCUGUUCGGGAAUAUGGAAAGCUCUCCAAUCUGGACAAAUUUUACUUUGCAUUUCCUGGAGAAGUUCUGAUGAGAAUGCUCAAACUCAUCAUAUUGCCAUUGAUUAUAUCAAGCAUGAUAACAGGUGUUGCUGCAUUGGACUCCAGCGUUUCUGGAAAGAUUGGCCUGCGAGCAGUUGUGUACUACUUCUUCACUACUGCCUUAGCUGUAAUUUUAGGGAUUGUAUUGGUUGUGACUAUCAAACCAGGAGUAUCUCAGAAAGCUGAUGAAAUUGACAGGGUGGGUAGCACACCAGAAGUAUCUACAGUGGAUGCCAUGUUAGACUUGAUUAGAAAUAUGUUCCCAGAAAAUCUUGUACAGGCCUGCUUUCAACAGUAUAAGACCAAACGUGAAGAAAUAAAAAUCACAGGUGGAGAUAAAAAUGGAACGUUUCCUACAGAUGAACCAAUUACAGCUAUAAUGCCAACCGAGACUUCACAGAACAAAACGAAAGAAUACAAAAUAGUGGGCAUGUAUUCUGAUGGCAUCAAUGUGCUUGGAUUGAUCGUCUUUUGUCUUGUCUUCGGAAUUGUGAUUGGGAAAAUGGGAGAAAAAGGACAAGUGCUGGUGGACUUUUUCAAUGCCCUGAAUGAUGCCACAAUGUAUAUAGUUCAGAUAAUUAUGUGGUAUAUGCCUCUGGGUAUUUUGUUUUUGAUUGCUGGAAAGAUAAUAGAAGUUGAAGACUGGGAGAUUUUUCGCAAAUUAGGUCUUUAUAUGGCUACCGUGUUGAGUGGACUUGCAAUCCAUUCGGUUGUAAUUCUACCUCUAAUAUACUUAAUCAUAGUCCGGAAAAAUCCAUACCAGUUUGCCAUUGGUAUGGCUCAAGCACUUUUGACAGCACUUAUGAUUUCUUCCAGUUCAGCCACUUUACCUGUAACGUUUCGCUGUGCAGAAGAAAAAAACCAUGUUGACAAGAGAAUUACUCGAUUUGUUUUACCAGUUGGAGCAACAAUCAAUAUGGAUGGAACUGCACUGUAUGAAGCAGUGGCUGCUGUUUUUAUUGCACAGCUUAAUGAUUUAGAACUAGACAUUGGCCAAAUAGUGACAAUUAGUGUGACAGCAACAGCUGCCAGCAUCGGAGCAGCAGGGGUACCACAGGCGGGCCUGGUUACCAUGGUGAUUGUGCUGAGUGCAGUGGGACUGCCAGCUGAAGAUGUUACCCUCAUUAUCGCAGUGGACUGGCUUCUGGAUCGAUUCAGAACCAUGGUAAAUGUUCUUGGAGAUGCCUUUGGGACUGGAGUUGUGGAAAAACUCUCCAAAAUGGAACUGGAGCAGAUGGAUACCAUCUCUGAAGUUAACAUAGUUAAUCCUUUUGCUUUGGAAACAACAGUGCUUGACAGCGAGGAAAAAGAAACGAAGAAAUCCUAUGUGAAUGGAGCUUUUGCUGUAGAUAAGUCUGACACCAUCUCAUUCACCCAGACAUCACAAUUCUGAAGUUGAUUGACUGACAGGGGUCCACACUGGAUUAAAGGACAUGAGAGACCCUAAGCCAAUCCAUAUCUUGGGCUCAUCACAUUCCUCAUGUUGUUCUUUGUCUUCUGCUUGUAUUCCUACAGGCAUAGAGAAGAAAAAAAAUCUUUCUCUCACAAGCCCUGUCUCCCUCAGCCACCCAGAAACAGAGAACACAGCCAUUCUGUUCCUCCUGUUGUGCAGGCUGUCCAUACCAUAUUUCCCCACAACUGGGAACAUGGCCUCUUUUUUCCCAGUCAUUUGAUGAGGGGCAGCCAGCAUGUUCAGAGCUGUGGAGAUUUCUUCAGGAUCCACAAUACAGAAAUAUAGGUAUAUUCUCAAGCCUAGUUAUGUUCUCAGAAAAAUUUGUACCACCAUAGUUGAGAAUGUAUGGUAGCAGUCUAAGAUUCUCCAGCAGCACCUGUGUAAGAUUCUGAAAUGAAAUCUUUUAGCAAGGUUCAGAGGAUAAAUGUAUUCCUUUGGGACAAACACUCCAGAUUUUCUUUGGCUCGUAGCUGUUGCAGCAUUUGGUCAUUGUGGGCAGAUAUAUGAAAAAGAUAGGUUAUAAAAAUAUGUAUCUUGUAAAAAGCUGUGUCAUAUUUCUAAGGAUUCUGAAUGUCUGCUUACAAUGACUAUACCCAGAAGUUGGAACAAUGAGCUGGAGACAAGCUAUUUGUGAGGAAUAAAACAGUAUUUCCAGAUGAGCAAUUCCAUGCACGGAAUUAUUUUUUAAAAAGAUAUCCUCACUAUUCUUAUAUUUCAAUUGCUACUGAGACAUUUCUCUUUGAACUGAUUCUGUGCAAAAAUACGUAUUCCUAUAGCUAAUUAACUAUUAAAUAGAAAAAGAAGGAGGAUAGUUCUGGAGUAAGUAUGAAGUUUUUGAAAAUGUGUGUGUGUUUUUAAAUGUAAAUUAUUGUUGAAAUCGGAAAUUAUUACUUGAGAACUUUAUAUUUUCUUUUCCAUUAUAAAAUAUACCCAUGACAUAGUGGAACUUCUUGAGCUAAGCCAAUCACAACAGCUUUGCAGCAAAUGAAACUCCAAUAAUUACGUUUUCCUUAUUUAGUAAUCUUCUUUUGGAAGCUGUAAGACACGAUUUUAGAGCUCUCUCUGAUAGAGGAGAUAAAAGAAUGCAUUUCAUAGGUACAUAAGCAAACUCUAAUUUCUUCGCUUUCCUACAGUCUCCUGCCUACUCUGAAAAUCUGCUCCGAAAGGGGCCUCAGACCCAGGGGCAGAUCCCAAUCCCUCAUGUUCCAUUGCAGAUGCUGUUCUAUCCACGGAGAGGACUAACUGAAUACAUCCCAAAUUGCACAGCUAUUCAUUGAAUGGCUUAUAGAAAGUGUAUGUUUUUGAAGUAUAGCAUCUACUGUACAUGAUUCACUGCAUGUUGUUUGUUUGCUUCUUCACUGAAUCUUAUAAUUGAAUCUGAAAGCUUGCAGUGCCAAAAUACAGGUCUCAUGACCAAGAAGCAGACUUAUGGUUAAUUAUAUCCCAGCUUGUCUACCAGCAUAUAUCCCUUGCCUGGUGAAAGAUAAAUAGCAGCCUUUUAUGAAAGUUCAUAGUGUAAUGGAGAUACAUUCUCAUAUUGGCCAUGUGAGUGUGAUUUCUUCAUGAAAACAUUCCAUACUGUUAAACAGUUCAUCUAGUUAGUACUUACACCAGUACUUGUGCAAUUUUAUUCUCCUUUGAAAAAUAUUAUUGCAGAAUAUAAACUUUACUUUGGACAUUGCUGGUUAGCUACCGAACACAAACUGAAAUUCAUGGAAGAUGAUUUUGUAAAUAAGCUUGUGCUAAUCUGAGAAAAAUGCACUUAAUUACUGUCAAGAAACAUAACAGAUCUGUAGCCUUAGACAGUCUUACACUGUUCUAUUCAAUACAUAAGCCAGGUAUGUGCCAAAGAACACUGAAAAGAAUCAUAUGUUGACAAAUUGCCCUUAAUUGUGAGAGGCAUAAUACUGUAUGUAUUUAAAUAUAAUAAGCUAUAAAUGAAGUGUGCAAAGUGCAAACAUGGAUCUAUUUGUACAAAUAAAGGAAUGUACAGUGUAAAUCUUGUGCAAAAUUAUUUUUAAAAAAUAUUUGUACAGCUUUGCUAUUGCUAGAGGAAAAAAUGUUCUUAAAUUAAUGGUAUUUUGCCUUUUCCUUGUGCCCUUCAAUACUAUACAUGUCCCUUUUCUUUGAUUUCAAUAAAUAGUUCUGGUCAUCCAGUUUUCAGCCUAUCCCUGUUCUAUGUCUGUAUAUAGAGUUGUAUCUUAGCACUGAUGAAUGAU